AUGGAUAAGCUCAAGAAAGUCUUCUCGCCGGGUUCGAGCAAGGAUGAUGAGAUCCUCUACGGCAGUGAAGAGACGAGGCUCCAGAAUGCACCAGAGAAUGAAGCGAAAAAGGAUACAUCCACACUCUAUCCUGUUGAGGGACAGCAAACAGAGCAGGGCGAGAAGGGAGGAGUGCUACGUCAAAUAUUGAAUCCAGGCGGCAAGAAGUACGACGAGCAGGCCAUGGGCACCACCGCCACGACCGAGCAGCCCGGCUCAAGCAAAUUGCAGACAGAUACUCAGCAGAGAGAGUCACCAGCAUACACAACGACUACAACCACUGGACAAGGCGCAUCAACCGGGGACAGCUACACUGGCGCAUCCAACACUCAGUCCAACCUCACACCUGCUGAUCCAAAAACUGCCCAAGAAGCGGCUGUUGCAGGAGGUGACCUGUCAGCUGGUGGCGCAGCAGCGACCGCAUACAGCAGACGGGAUAACGAGACAACCGGUGUCAGCCAGACUGACGGCCUCGCUGACAAUCGCACCGGGACACAGGCUGCUCAAGAUCAAUCCGGAGCUCAUGGGCCAGGCCGAGAUGCUGGCGAGGCGAACUUUGCUAACAGAGAGCAUGAUAAUGAUCCAGACAAGGGAAAGACCAUACUUGCCGCUACCGGGACUACUUCGCAGAGCAGACCUCUGGGAGAGAGUGAUUCAAGCGGUCUAGGAGGCCAGACCAGCUCACUUGGGGACAACACUUCCAAAGGCGUCGCAGCUCAGGACUUCGAAUCUACAAGUGGUGGUUACGGAACCGGGUCAACGAGAACUGGCGGCAUUACUGAUUCUGCUGACACCACCUUCACCGGUGGCCAGUCAACUACCGAGUCUUCCAACCUUGGACGCAACGCAGGCAUCGCAGGAGGUCUGGCAGCUGCAGGGGCUGGCGGCGCGGCAUAUGCUGCUUCUCGUGAUAACAACAACAGCAAUACCUUUUCAAGCACUGACAAUUCGCAAUCGCUAGGCGACCGCUCUCACCCACUUACAUCGGGAGCAGGGCACGGCCACAUUAACCCAGUCGCAGCCCCAGAGGCAAGCUUGAGGGAGACGACGAGUCAAUCUGCACCACGAGACUCGCAGCUGAGCAGCAGCCACGCUGGUGUUCUGGGAUCAUCUGAGCCGGCCACCGGUGUUGCAGCUGGUGGCAUCCGCAACGAUGAGGGCGUUACUCAGCUGAACAAGGCUCCGGCUGACGUACAGGGUGCCACAUUCCUCGAUCGCUCAUUUUAUGUUGGAAAGUCUGGCGAUACUGUGGACCAUGGCCCGAACGUGGCUGGACAGUUCCUCGGUGCCGAGACCACUUCUACUGGCGCUUCCCUUCCAGCAACAGCAGCUGCAGGUGCUGGCGUUGGCGCGAUCGGAGCUGGUAGCGCACUUGGCGGGCAUAGCAGCUCUACAACAGGCACUGCUGCAAGCCCGGGCAUUCAGACUACCACAAACACCACAGAGCGCGUGAGCGCUUCCGCUCGACACGGUUCCAUCUCAGGCACCAACCACAACCCAGACUCGUCGACGACUCACACAUCUGGUCGUGAUGCUGCGAUCGCUGGUGGCGCGGGCGCCGCAGGAGUAGCUGGUGCAGGCGCAGCAUAUGCCGCCACACGCGACAGCGAUCCAACAACCCACGCUGCAUACGGUGCGGAUGAUCCCAACAAACACAACAAACUCCACAAGCCCUCGCCCGAAGACAAGAAGCUCGAGAAGGAGCAUGCCAAGGAAGAGAAGCAUCAUCAGAAGGAAGUUGAGAAGCAACAACGUGAGCUUGAGAAGGAACAAGAGAAGAAACAGCGUGAACUUGAGAAGCAGCAUGAAAAAGACGAGAAGGAACGCAGACAUGCUGCCGAGAAGGCGGAGAAGAAGCAUGAGAAGGAGCUCGAGAAAGAGGAGAAGGACAAGAAGCCGGGUCUGAUCAGCAGAAUCCUGCACAGAAACAAAGAUGACAAGGACGAUGAGACCAAGGAAGCCACGGCGUUGAAGGAGAACAAGGACAAUGGUCCGCUGGAUCAUCCGCUCAUCACUCCCGCCGGAACGACGGCCGUUGUGGGAGGUGCUGGCGCAGCCGGUGCUUAUGCGGGUCGCGAUUCUGCUCCUGGUCAAACCAGAGAAGCUACGGGGCUGAAGGAGAACAAGGACAACGGACCACUGGACCACCCACUAAUUACGGCCGCUGGAACGACGACUGCUGCUGGAGGCGCCGGCGCAGCGGGUGCCUACGCGACACGUGACACUGCUCCCGGCGAAAGUGGAAACCUCACUGGUCAGAGACAACAUGAUGUUGAGCCAGCGUUGAGCGGCAAUAACAACACCAUCGGAGGUCCAGGUGCCGUUUCUACAACGACUAGCCAACCUACGACAACACUCCCUCGUGACGACACUACAGCCACAUCCUCACCAAGCGGAGCCCAAUACGCCGCUGCCUCUGGAGGUGCCUUGGGAGCUGCCGCAGGCGCCGGAGCCCUAGCUUCUGCCUCUGGCACAGGCAACACAACAUCCGAUCGCGACGCCGGUCUCACCGGCCAAAGACAACACGACGUUGAGCCUCUCCUCAGCGGUAACAACAAUGCCAUCGGUAGUACCACAACAACAACCACAACGACAACCACCUCGUCUUCACAACCGCAGGCCGAUCCCAAGCAGUAUUCGUCCAGAUUCUCCGAGGACACUGGAGCGGGAGGAGCGUCUGCUGCGGCUGCGGCGCCUGUUCUUGUUGUCGGCGGGUCCACUACUACGGGUGAUUAUUCGCGUGUAGGAGCUAGCGGUGACUCUGCUACUGGCACGACCUCUUCUCAUAAGCCUGGCGAGGGCUUGACGGGAAGGAGACAGGAUGAUGUGGAUCCGUAUAUCAGUGGCGGAGGCUUUAGCACGUCGAAGUAGGGGAGAAAAGCGGGAAAGAGCGAAGCAUGAAAGCGGAUAUGACUGAGAGCCCUAAGGACUGUUCGUUGAGAUGUAGUUGCAGUGUGGAGUGGGCGAUCACAUUUAUCAGAAUGAACAGUGCGCAAAAAUUUACGAGAACAUGAAUAUGAUGAAACAUUAUAUACCCAAAUAGCAAGUAUACGAUUGAUAAGCGGAA